AUGACCGUGACGCCAGACACCAUCGCCUCUCUGGUAAUCCAGCACUUUGACGGGCUGCCCCCUAAGAGGAAGCCGCUUGUCCGUGACAAUGGAGUCCACGAAUGGGUGCCCCUGAGCGGCAUCGUGGCUCAAGGGAAGGACGACAAGUUGACUUGUCUCUCCCUGGCCACCGGGAUGAAGUGUCUGCCGCACGCCAAGUUACCCCAGGCUCGGGGCAACGUGCUGCACGACUGGCACGCCGAGGUCCUUGCUAUCCGGUCGUUCAACCGGUUCGUGCUGGACGAGGUCAGAGCCCUGAGCUCGGGUGCUGUGUCCUCGUCGCCCUUCCUGCGACGCAGGCGCGAGUCUGAGCUGCUGGCGACCCGUCCCACCGGCCAUGGGGUCGAGGAAGGGGGCCAGGGACUGGAGGCGCAAGGGAAGGGUGAGCAGCGCCAAUUGUGGCAUGCGCAGCCCUUCGCCUGGCGCGAGGACGUCAAGUUGCACAUGUACUGCUCGGAAGCCCCCUGCGGCGAUGCCAGCAUGGAGCUCACCAUGGCGGCACAGGAAGACGCUUCGCCGUGGGAGGUUCCCGAAUCGGUAGUUACAGCCGCAACCGCGGAUGCUUCCCAGGCGUUUCAGACCCUCCCAGGCCGCUCGUACUUCUCGCACCUGGGUCUGGUCCGGCGCAAGCCAGCUCGUGGCGACGCGCCCGCCACGCUGUCCAAGUCAUGCUCCGACAAGCUCUCGCUGAAGCAGUGCACGUCACUGCUGUCCUCGCUGACCUCCCUCUUUGUGUGCCCAUCUAACGCGUAUAUCCAUAGUCUGAUACUCCCCGCCUCGCAAUACUCCGCCACCGGCUGCUCCCGAGCAUUCUCCUCGCAGGGACGGAUGAGUCCCUUGGCUGGAGCCCACAGGCGUGAGAGCGGCGGAGGCUACAGGUUUGCCGAGUUCGCGGUGCGAACUACCGACCAGGAGUUCCACUGGUCGAAGCGGAGCGUCGUCAAUAGAGCAGGCGUCGGAAAGGGAGGAGCCAAUAUGGCAGCGAGUAAUCUCGCCGUUGCGUGGACAGGACAUGGCUUGGUGGAGACGACACUGGGUGGCACAUUGCAGGGACGCAAGGCGUUUGAUGCCAAGGGCGCCAGCUUCGCUUCAAAGAGAAAGAUGUGGACGCUUGCUAUCGAAGCUGCGGGUUUACUGGGUUCAGGUAUGGUUCAAGUGCAGAAAGCCCUCGCGGCAAGUAGCUACCAGGAAGUCAAGGACUCUGGACUUCUCGAGGCCAGGAGACGGGUCAAGGAUGACGCCAAGGCCCAUGCAUUAAAGGGCUGGGUGAAGAACCAGGGGGACGAUGACUUCGGUCUCUAA